UUCUCUUCCACCACGACCUUUCGCUUCAUUUCCCCGCCUCGCCGUGCGCCACGACCAACAACAUGGCAGAGGUUUUGUCCAGGUCGCGAGACGACCAAUCCCAAUCCUACUAUGUUCAGUCAAACCCGACCUCUUCUUCGCUCAAACGCUCCCACUCCUCCAGGACCUCGCUGCUGGUCGGCUCGCCGCCUUCGACUUCGCACCGCACCGCUUCCGAGCCUUCGUUUGAGCACAUCGGCUCUCUCAAACGCUCCCUAGCUUCUUCUGGCUCACUCGCUGCCUCUCGCCAAUCCUACUCGGACUUUUCCCAACCCCAAUCCAACUCGAACAACAACUUCUACAGCCAGCAGCCAAAGCUCUCCUUCGAGAUCGGAGGCCAACAAGACACCGGCCUGGCCUUCCCCGCCUACGACGAGGUUCAAUUCUUCCACGAAGACGAACCGCUGGACCUCCCUCCCAGCCCUCGGCCCGAGGAUGAAACUUCCGACGCCGACUCCAACGAUGGCAGAUGCGACCGAGACGACGAAGACGACGCCGGCAGCACUACCGACACCACCCGUUCCGACUCGCCGUUACCAACUCCCACAGUGGCCGACGACACGGCCAUCAAACACGAGCCAUCGAGACAUGUCGACUACCUCUCGCACGACUGGCGAGAGGAAGACAUUUGGUCCUCAUGGCGGCACAUUGUGUCACAGCGCAAGGUCUAUGGUCAAAGGUCGCGCCUCGAAAAUGCGUCAUGGAGAACGUGGGCCAAGUCGAAAUACCACCUACCAACCGUCUCCCCCGAGACGCUCAAUUGGCUCAAAGAAAGCGACGUGACCUGGCUCUAUGGCCCGCUGCAGCCCGCCUCGACCCAUCCCGUAACCCAGUUCUCACCCGACCCCAGUCCUCAGUUCUCGAAUUCAAAUUCAUUCGCCCAGAAGAAGCCAAUUCUCAAAAAGCGAAGCAUGUCUGAAGUCAUGCUACAGCGCUCGCUAUCAACCUCGUCUCUCGUCAAGCAAGCCGCCGCUGCUGUACAAGCCCAACAGUCUUUGCCUCCAUCUAAGCGACCUCCUCUUGGCCGCUCGUCUGCAUACCUCCCCACCGCCAGUCUGAUGGUGCCUAGCGGCAGAGACCAACUUGACUUUUUAGAUCUGGGCUGCUUCUCCCCACGUCCUUCAUCUGGCGAUAGGUCACCAUUCGAGUAUCCCAAACGCCACAUUCGUUUCGAUGAGAAGGUCGAGCAGUGCAUUGCAGUUGAAGGUAAAGAUGGCGAGUUUGGAGACGAGAGUUCUGAAGACGAGAGACCAAACAACGACUCCGAUUCCGACUCCUCUGACGACGGUAUUGUCAUGAUGAGACGUCCUAAGAGAAAACGACCAGCUCGAAAGCCUUUAUCCAGGAGUACAUCCUCUAGCAGGACCAUUGAAAAGCUUCCAUCGACUACCCUCAAAAACAAGACGGAGCUCGUCGAGCCUCCUCCACAGCCAGCCGCAUCUCUGACUCGCUCAUGGAGCUCUAGCAAGCUGCCACAGUCGGCCUCACAAGAGACCCUCAAGCCGUCAAAUCCUUCCAAAAAUCACAUUCUACCUCCGGAUGACGAAGAGAGCGAAGAAUUGGAUUCAGAUGAUACAGAAUCACUUAGACUAAGUGCAUUCGCGAAUCGACGAGACAGUGUAGCCGUGCACAGAUCACGGACGUCAGGUUCGCCUUCUACAACACCCUCCGAAGACGAAGAUGAAACUCCUGGAAUGCGCCGCAGUGCUUCGGGAAUGUUCAUGCCUUAUGAGGAGGACGAAGAUGAUAUUGUCGCUGCUGGCCUCUUCGGCAAGGUGAGUGACACUCUCAAUACUGCAAAAGACAUAGCCCAUGUAAUCUGGAACGUCGGGUGGAGAAAAUGAGUUUUUUUUUCACGUGUUGGGCUUUUUUCUUAAUACGGAAGGCGCAACAUUAAAUAACAGAGGGGGACGGUUGGGACUGGAAUCUUGCAUUUGAUUGAUUUUGAGUAAAGGCGCAUUAUGGAAGGUGGUGGCUAUACAGUGGUCUCUUGGGUUUCCGAAGCGACGACCUUUUUUUUCUUCCAGCAUUGAGCGAUCUUUUGUCUUCUUUUUUCUCUCUCCUUCUUGCAAAUUCAGAUGCCUUCAUUCAUGUACUUAUACUGUGUUUUUUAACAGGCUCAACAGCAGUGAUAGCCAGAGCUGCGUCCUUUACGAUCAUGCCACAACGUGUUGGAAACGGUUCCUGCCUGGUAGCAUCUACCUACU